ACCUACAGUUUAGUGUCACCAUCAUCUCAGCUUCCUUUCUCUUCUUCUCUCUCCUCGCCGGAACAGCCACUCUUGAUUUCCCCCUCUUUUUAUUAGGGUUUCGCUUCUCCCAAAUCGCAACACCAUUCCACCGAUUUCGCAUUCUUCUGACUCCAAUCAACACAUGCCGACUUCAGGCACAAAGUGCAACAAGCUCUCUUUCUCUGAGGAAGACGCUGCAACUCUCACAGAGAGGUACGAUACAACUACUGUGUUAACAUUGCUCCAAGAGAUAGCAAAUUAUCCUCAUACGAAGAUUGAUUGGAAUGAGUUGGUGAAGAAAACCUCCACUGGUAUUUCUAAUGCCAGGGAAUAUCAGAUGCUCUGGCGUCACUUGGCGUAUCGCGAUGCCUUGCCUGAAAAGUUUGAAGAUGGAGCUCAGCCUCUGGAUGAUGAUAGUGACCUAGACUGUGAGCUGGAAGCGUUACCCCCAGUAAGUGAAGAAUCUGCAUUGGAGGCUGCAGCAUGUGUGAAGGUAAUGGUUGCUUCCUGUACGUUUAGUGAAUCUACCCCUACUAGCUCAACAAUUGAGGCUCCAUUGACUAUACAUGUUCCAGUUUGCCAUUCAUCUCGAACUCCUAAUGAAACCUCACAGCCCUCUAAUUUAAUGGAAAGGACAACCAUGACCUUUCCAGUUACUGUUCCGAGACAGACACUGCCAACUAUAUCAUCAACAGAUGGUAUAGAAACCAAGGGUAAUAUUGGUGGUAACUUGGCUUCCAAAAGAAAAAGAAAACAAUGGUCAGAGGAAGAGGACAUGCAGCUACGAGCUGCUGUUCAGAGAUUUGGUGAAGGGAAUUGGGCAACCAUGGCAAAAGGAGACAAUUUCCCUAUUAAGAGAAGUGCAACACAGUUGGCUCAGAGGUGGAGCACUUUACGUAAGAAAGACUGCAGUGCCAACUCAGGAACCAAUUUGCCCAACCCACAGUAUACUACUGCUGAACAACUGGCAACUCGGCACUCUUUAUCUUUAGCCCUUGAUAUGCCAUUCAAAAAGUUAACUACUCCUGGAAUUUCUGCUCCUGUUAGGACAUCCGCAUCAAUUAAAAAUCAAGUUCAGCCUUGUACUUCUAAGGUGGUUUCCACAGUUCAGAGUAGUUCUGUACCACCUCAGCAUCCAUCUCAACAAGUUUUGUUGGGAUCCGCAAAAUCUAAAUUAACAUCAGAAAAUCCAGUCUCAAAGUGUAAUCCAGUUUCAGAUCCUGUGUUAAAAUCUACCACAAUUCAUUCUGGUGCAAAGGUAACAUCAGAAAAUCCAGUCUCAAAGUGUAAUCCAGUUUCAGAUCCUGUGUUAAAAUCUACCACAAUUCAUUCUGGUGCAAAGGUUGUUCCACGAUCUAUUGCUGUAUCACAAUUUAAGGGUGUUCAAGUAAGAAACAUGGUAGGUAGUGUGCCUGCAGGUAGCUGUCUGACAAAGACACCCAUUUCUGCUGGUUUGCCUUCUGACAUAAAGGAUAAACAUGUUUCUUCCGGGGUUGGUGGAGCUUUGCCAAAGCAAGAAGUUAAUCCGACUAAAGAUUGUAGAGUUUCUAAUGUUGGUUCCAUUCCAAAAGAGAAGGCAAGAGAAGUCGGCACUCCUGUGGUCACUGCUCGGUGUCAAGUUGAUGGCAAUCCGGAUAAGGGGCGAGUAGAUGUAGUUAAACCCAAGAGCAUGCCUCCUAUAAAAGUUGCAGGUGAAAAAAUUUCACAACCUAAAGCAGUCCCACAAAAUACAGGAGGGUGUGUAGAGCAGGGAAGUGUUAAGAAUUCAAACUUCACCCCCAAGACAGAGACUACUGAGAAUGAGAAUGGCAAACUGCAUAAAGAAGGUCAAGAUUCAGAACAAGAUAAGAGGAAAAAUUCAAUUAGUGGAAGUUCUGAUAAUCAAAACACAAAUGUGAAGCAUGUAAAUCUGCCAACACAAGAUCAAUGCAAGCAAAAUUUGGAACCUCCCAAGAUAGUUAAAAGUGAAAACUGAUCGCAAUGUUUAGUGAUUAGUUUGUGCAAAUGAGUAGAGUUUUUCCUUUUAUUUCCUACUGAAACUUGUGGUGUAAUAAGUUGUUUUAAGUAUUCAUAAAUCAUUAGUGUUUUGUAUUAUUUUUUAAAAAUUCAAGUUAGCGGUAAAUAUAGUUUGAUGUUGGACAA